GGCAGGGCUGGGGAGUGUGGGCUGAGCCUCUCCGUGGAAGGAAGCCGUGCGGGCCUGGAUGUCUCUGUUGGGCAGAGUGGCAUCCCGAUCCCCAAACGCUUUCCUGGCACUGCUGGAGACCGAGGUGUGCUGUCCAAAGGCACCUUAGACCUCUCUGUGAUGGGCAGGUCUGGCCCCCUGCGAGCACCCCAUUUCUCAGAUUCUCCCUGCUGCAUUGCCUAGCUUUGGCUGUGCCAGGCCCCCUUUGCUUCUGGGAUGGAUUAAACCACCUGCUGGAGGUUGUCAAGCCCCCACCACAGUGGAGGAUCUGUGGGAUGUGUAUCCCUACCUAGCCCCUGAGGGCAACCAUGAGCGCCAGCCACCCUGAGCCAGGUUCCAGGGCACCCCAGAGCCCCCGUCUGCAGCCUUUGUCCCAGAGCUCUUCCAGCCUGCUGUGUGAAGGCCAUGGGCAGAAGCCAGAGCUCCACAAGAGUUCCAGCACCACUGUGUGGCAGACCCAACAGGGUGAGGCCAGCAUUGGACCGCAGGCUCCAGAGGAAGAGGGGCACCCACCUGAGAGCCCAGCAGCGCAAGCCCAGGUCCCCAGCCCCCAGGUCCCCAGCCCCCAGGUUCCUAGCCCCCAGCCGAGGGCUGUGGGCCACUGGCGGAGCAGCACAGUGGGCAAUGUGUCCAUGAUGGGCAGUGGGGACCUUGGCCGCCUGCGGGCCCCCAGUGUGGCUGCAGUGCAGAGGAGCCACUCAGACCUGGCCCGUAGUGUUCAGACCAGGGGGCAUGGUGGUGCCCGGAAGGCCAGCCUUAGCUGCUCGGCUCUUGGUGGUGGCUCCCCAGUGCACAAAGCUCAGCUUCAGCCCGAAGAUGUUUCUGACCAGGUUGGCCCAGCCCCUGCAGCUGUGGGACAGGACGUGGCUCCAGAAGAUGGGACUUCUAACUCAGCCUGGAUGCUGGGGGACAGUCAAGCAUGGAAGCCACCGUCAGAGCUGGUGGACAAAGUUUCCUUCAGUGACAGUCUUCAGGCUGGGUCCAAAACCACUGGACAUCUGGCCACUGCCUCCUGCCACGCUCUGCCUCCAGCUGCCCUGCUCUGCAGCAUGAGAGAGGUGGCGACCAACAGCUGCUGCCACGCCAUGCCUGCCACAGGGAUACUGGCCUUUCCCAAAUUGGUGGCAUCAGUGAGUGAGUCCGGGCUGCAGGCUCAGCAUGGUGUGAGGUUUCACUGUAUGGCACCUGGGCUGCUCCCGGGGCACACCCACUGCUGUGCCCACCCAUGGGGCCCCGCAGUGCCAGCCACAGAGCCUGGCUGCAGGACCAAGGAUGUGUGGACCAUGACUUCUGCCAGCGACCUGGCACCUGCACUGGCCUCAGCCCAGGAUGCUGGUGUGCAGGUGGCCCCAGCAGCAGCUUGCAAGGCAGUGGCCACCAGCCCGUCCCUGGCAGCCUCGGCCCUGCACAUGUUCCCAGAGGUAACGCUGGGGCCCAGCCUAGAGGAAGCAUUGUCCCCUGUGCGGGAUGUCCGGUGGGAUGCCGAGGGCAUGACGUGGGAGGUGUAUGGAGCCUCGGUGGACCCUGAGGUGCUGGGCGUGGCCAUCCAGAAGCACCUGGAGAUGCAGUUUGAACAGCUGCAGCGACUGCCAGCCAGCGAGGACAGCCUGUCCACUGAGGGCCGCAGGGGCCCGCUGCGUGCUGUUAUGCAGUCUCUGCGGCGCCCCAGCUGCUGUGGUUGUUCUGGUGCAGCCCCUGAGUGAGGAGCUGUGGCCCUGGACUUGGCUGGCCUGUGGACUUGGCCCUAGGCCGGGACCAUGGACAUCGGGGCCCUGUGCCACCCAAACCCAUGGCAUGUGGGUGCAUCUCUGCCCUGAACAUGGACAGCCUCUAGACCACAGGAUGCAGCCUGUGGCCUCUGGCUUCACACAGUACGGCUGGUUUUCAAGAGCUUGAUUCCCAAGGGCUACCUGCACAUUCCAGGCUCUGGACCUUGGGCAGAGUUUCUGCACUGUGCAUAAGCGAGAUUCUGGCUUUUCUGUAAAAAUACUUGACCUGCUGUUCAGUCCACCCUCACAACUUUGUCAUGCUUCCCCUAUGACUCUUGGGGUCUUUAUUUUAAAGCAUUGCUGAGAAAGAAUGAAUUUUUAGGUUAAACGGAGGGCCCUAAAGUAACAGGUACUCCUGGCCACCAUGUGUGGUUGAUCUGGGGAGGAGGAGGUGUUCCGGGAGGCUGAAUUCUCCCCGUGGGGACAGGAAGAGGGUGAGGCUGCUCUGGGCAUCUGGGAGGCAGGCGGAAGGCUGAGGAGGUCAGGACCAUGUGCCACAGGGUGUGGCUGGUGGCAGUGAAACCUUCUCUGUGCAGAGACUUUCCCUCCGUCAUAUAUGGCCCUCAUGAGAUGUGUGCCAGUCUGUGCCACGUCCUGCUGUUCUUGGAACCAGGGUGGCAGCCCAGGCUGGGCCCAGUGUGGGACAGGCCAGACAAGCCACCCACCCAUCAUGGUGACUGAGAUAAACCUCUGAAGGGUGAUGCUGGAGUCCCGCCUAGCCCAAAUCCUGGUCCCUGAAACACCCUCCUGAUUAAACCCAUGCUUAAGUUGCUAGCUGAGCCGCCCAGCCUCUGCCAUCAGGCCGCCUGGAGCAACCGUGGCUGAAUUUCUGGUUGAGAAUGAAGACUUACCUGGCCGCUUGCUGUCCCCUCCUGGGCCAGCCCUGAUGCCGCAGUGGUCAGGGUGUCCUUACCAGUCUCCGCCCUUGGACUUGGAUUUCCGGCUGAACUUCCUGUGUCCCUUUGGGGUGUGGGAUCUCAUUGUCCAUAUAUUUGUUCUUCAAAAUUCAAAAUAAAUAUAAAUUGGGAGGUCAGCUCUGUCUCAGGGCCCCACAGGAAA